AUGCUGUUCCAGCUCGCGACACUGCUUACUAUCGCAGCUGCAUCCAACUGUGUCAAUGAAGGCGGAAACUGGUACUGCGACCAAACCAGUCAAAUCACCUUCUCCGGUCUUGGCGGAACACCCGGCUCUUAUGACCGCGUCUCAAAUAUGGAUCCAGAGACUUGUACCUGCUCAAAAACGCCGCAGCCCUUUUCCGGGCCACUUUCACCGCUCGAUGAAGACUUGUCGCUUCAUUUCAGAGGGCCCAUUGCUAUCAAGCAAUUUGCUGCGUAUACGCUGCAAAGUCUACCACAAAGCAAAAAGAAGCGCGGCAAGCGAACCAUCAAGGAUCGUUUUGUGGAUUUAUUCAGACGGGAGCAGGUGGUGUAUACUUUGAUACCACCCAUUUCAUCACGUUAUGCGGCAUCAACACCGGUCGCUGUUGCAUACCCGACAGAAACACCAGUAGCAGUAGUACCAACACCAGCACCCAGCGCACCUACCACAACAGCUGCAGCGAUUGUACCGCCAGUUUCUACACCUACGCAAGUCGGCACAAGUUCCAGCUGGCAACGCAGUUCCUACUACAAUGCACAAUCUGCAACCUUGCAAAAUGCCGUGUUUAUGAACAACAUGGGCGGUGUGAACGGUUCAGGAACGUGGUCACCGUGUUUUGGCAACUCUGUAUCUUUUGCAUCCGCCUCAGGGAUGGGGUCUGCGCCAAACCCGGAAGUCUUGCAGGAUAUCACCUUACCCAGCAACACGGAAGUCAUCCUCUUUUCUGGUGAACAGUGUACCACGGCCACGUGCGGCUACGUUGCACCCGGUGUGCCGGCAUAUCGUGGAUUUAGUGGGCAAAACAAGAUUUUCCUAUUUGAAUUCAGUAUGCCACUGGAUGGCGACCGUGGCUUCAAUGGCGAUAUGCCAGCAAUUUGGGCACUCAAUGGACAAAUCCCAAGGUCGCAGCAGUAUGGUGGCUGCUCAUGCUGGCAGACUGGGUGUGGCGAACUCGACUUGUUUGAGACGCUGAGUGCUGGUUCUGAGCGAAUGAUUGCAACGUUUCAUUCAAGACCCGGACAAGGCGGUAGUACACCCAACUGGAUCCAGCGGCCAACGGGUGGAUCGAUGAAAGCUGCUGUGGUGUUUUUGGGAGGCAGCAAGACAAUCAAGCUGAUUCACCUUGCUGAUAGUGUGAAUUUUGAAGGUGGGCUGUCACAGAGCUUGGUGGAUUCAUGGGACUUGUCUGGAGCGACGGCUGUGUCUCUCGUAGCGUAG